GAUCGGAAGGCGAAACCCGACCGAGAAAUGGAAUCGCAGAUCUUCAACUUCUGAACCUGUUACUGAAUCUGAGCUGAAUUCGAGAUUCUCAUUUUCAAAUCUCGAGCUUGGCUCGCUGGGAAAGAGAAAGGGUUUAUGAUUGGGUAGAAGAUGUCUAGGGUUCACAAGAAUUGGGAGCGAUUGGUCCGGGCCACGCUCCGGCAGAGCGGUUCCGGCCACGGGAGGUCUGCAAGCGGCAUAGCAGGUUCCGUCCCCGACUCACUUCAGCGCUCCACUAAUAUCAAUGCCAUUCUUCAAGCGGCGGAUGAGAUUCAGGACGAGGACCCCAACGUCGCCAGAAUCUUGUGUGAGCAAGCAUAUUUCAUGGCACAGAAUUUGGAUCCAAACAGUGAUGGCAGAGGUGUUCUUCAGUUUAAAACUGGCUUAAUGUCCGUUAUUAAGCAAAAACUUGCUAAGAGGGAUGGGGCUCCAAUAGAUCGGAAUCCUGACAUACAACGAUUGUGGGACUUUUAUCAACAAUAUAAACGGCGAAAUAGAGUCGAUGAUAUCCAAAGGGAGGAUCAACAAUUGCGUGAAUCAGGGAUUUUUAGUGCGAAUUUUGGAGAGUUAGAGAUCAGGGUUUCAGAAAUGAGGAAGGUAUUUGCUACCUUAAGGGCACUUGUUGAAGUGAUGGAGGCACUUAGCAAAGAUGCACCUCCAGAGGGUGUGGUAAAGCUUGUAAUGGACGAGCUACGAAGGAUAAAGGCUUCAGAUGCUUCUUUAUCUGGGGAACUUACUCCAUACAAUAUUGUUCCUCUGGAAGCACCUUCACUGACCAAUGCUAUUGGAUUUUUUCCAGAAGUCAGAGGUGCAAUAUCUGCAAUCAGAUACACAGAUCAUUUUCCUCGGCUGCCACCUAAUUAUGAGAUUUCUGGUCAAAGGGAUUUAGACAUGUUUGAUCUAUUAGAAUAUGUCUUUGGCUUUCAGAAGGACAACAUAAGAAAUCAGCGCGAGAGUGUAAUCCUCACUGUGGCAAAUGCACAAUCACGCCUUGGUAUUCCUAUUGACGCUGAUCCUAAAAUAGAUGAAAAAGUUAUUACCGAGGUCUUUCUGAAGGUUCUUGACAACUACAUCAAGUGGUGUAGAUAUUUACGUGUUCGCCUAGUGUGGAAUAAACUGGAAGCUAUUAAUAGGGAUAGAAAGCUAUUUUUGGUAUCCCUCUAUUUCUGUAUAUGGGGCGAGGCAGCAAAUGUUCGCUUUCUUCCCGAGUGCAUCUGCUAUAUAUUCCACCAUAUGGCCAGGGAAUUAGAUGCUGCAUUGGAUCAUGGAGAAGCAAAUCCUGCUGCAAACUAUAUUGGUGAAAAUGGUUCUGUUUCGUUCCUAGAACAAAUUAUCUUUCCCAUAUAUGAAUCAAUGGAAAAGGAAGUUGCCAAAAACAAUAAUGGAAAAGCUGCACAUUCUAAGUGGCGUAAUUAUGAUGACUUCAACGAAUACUUUUGGUCCCCUGCAUGCUUUGAGUUGGGCUGGCCGUUUGAUAAGGAAUCAUCAUUUUUGAAGCCUAGAAAAGGGAAACAGAUGAGUAAAAGCUCAUUUGUUGAGCACAGAACAUUUCUUCACCUAUUCCGAAGCUUUCAUCGUUUGUGGAUUUUUUUGGUUGUUAUGUUCCAGGCUCUAACUAUCGUGGCCUUCAGUGAUCAGAAAAUUAAUCUCUACACAUUCAAAACACUGCUUAGCAUUGGCCCAACAUUUGCAAUUAUGAAUUUUAUAGAGAGCUGUUUAGAUGUUGUCCUUAUGUUUGGAGCUUACAGUUCGCUAAGAGCCUUGGCCAUAUCAAGACUUGUUAUAAGAUUUCUCUGGACAGGUUUCGGAUCAGCAUUUGUAACAUAUGUUUACCUGAAAGUUUUAGAGGAAAGGAAUAAAAACAACUCAGAUGCAUUGUAUUUUCGUAUUUACAUUCUCGUGUUGGGUGUUUAUGCUGGCAUACGCAUAGUUUUUGCGCUACUGACCAAGUUUCCUGCUACGCACACGCUUUCUGAACUGUCUGAUCAAUCUUUCUUUCAAUUUUUUAAGUGGAUAUAUCAGGAGCGAUAUUUUGUUGGCCGUGGGCUAGUUGAGAAGACCACCGAUUAUAUAAAAUAUGUGCUCUACUGGUUGGUGAUCUUCAUUUGCAAAUUUACUUUUGCUUACUUCCUUCAGAUUAAACCCCUGGUUGAGCCGACUAGGAUAAUAGUAUAUCUUCCUAAACUGCAAUACUCAUGGCAUGAUCUGGUGUCAAAGAACAAUAAUAAUGUAUUGACCGUGGUCAGCUUAUGGGCUCCAGUUGUUGCAAUUUAUAUAAUGGAUAUUCACAUAUGGUACACUCUGCUAUCUGCAAUUGUGGGCGGUAUAAUGGGGGCACGAGCUCGUUUAGGAGAGAUACGAUCGAUUGCGAUGGUACAUAAACGUUUUGAGAGCUUUCCUGAAGCAUUUGUUGAGAAUCUUGUGUCUCGGGCGACAAGGUUGCUUUUUGAGAGACAAUCCUCGCAGGAUUCUCUAGAUAAAAACAAGGCAUAUGCAGUAAUGUUUUCACCAUUUUGGAAUGAGAUCAUCAAAAGUUUGCGGGAAGAAGAUUUUAUUAGUUAUAGAGAGAUGGAUUUGCUUUCAAUGCCCAGCAACACAGGAAGUUUAAGAUUAGUUCAAUGGCCACUUUUCCUACUCAGUAGUAAGAUCUUGCUCGCAAUUGACUUAGCUUUGGAUUGCAAAGAUACCCAAGCUGACCUUUGGAGCAGAAUAUGCAAUGAUGAAUACAUGGCCUAUGCUGUUCAGGAGUGUUAUUUCAGUAUUGAGAAGAUCUUAUAUUCUCUUGUUGAUGGAGAGGGGCGGCUUUGGGUUGAAAGAAUUUAUCGAGAGAUCAAUAAUAGUAUUUCCGAAGGAUCCCUUUUCCAAACUUUGACUCUUACAAAACUGCCAAAUGUUUUGUCAAAACUUGCAGCGCUGACUGGACUUUUGAGUCGAGGUGAAACUCCUGUACUUGCCAAAGGUGCUCCCAAAGCUAUGUACGAACUGUAUGAUGUUGUCACGCAUGACCUGCUAGCACCUGCCUUAAGAGAGCAGCUUGAUACAUGGAACAUAUUAGCAAGGGCAAGAAAUGAGGGACGACUGUUUUCCAGGAUAGAGUGGCCAAAGGAUCCUGAGAUCAAGGAUCAAGUGAAAAGGUUGUAUCUUCUCUUCACAGUGAAGGAUUCUGCGGCUAACAUACCAAAGAAUCUUGAAGCAAGAAGAAGAUUGGAAUUUUUCACAAAUUCUUUAUUUAUGGACAUGCCUCACGCAAAGCCAGUUUCUGAAAUUCCUCCUUUCUGUGUCUUCACGCCUUAUUAUAGCGAAACAGUGCUUUAUAGUUCUUCUGAGUUGCGGAGUGAAAAUGAAGAUGGUAUAUCGAUACUCUUCUAUUUGCAGAAAAUAUUUCCUGAUGAAUGGCUAAAUUUCUUGGAACGGAUUGGUCAUGGUGAUAAUGAUGAUGGUGAUGCUUUCCAAGAAAGCCCAAGUGAUGCUUUGGAGCUUCGGUUAUGGGUGUCCUAUCGGGGCCAGACUCUUGCAAGAACAGUACGUGGUAUGAUGUAUUAUAGAUGGGCUUUGAUGCUGCAGAGUUUUAUGGAAAGAAGAUCUCUAGGAGAGGGGGGGUUUUCUCAGACAAACUUCACAACCCAAAGUUUUGAACUUUCGCGUGAAGCAAGAGCACAAGCUGAUUUGAAGUUCACUUAUGUGGUGUCCUGCCAGAUUUACGGGCAGCAGAAGCAAAAAAAGUCUCCAGAGGCAGCAGAUAUAUCUUUGUUGUUACAAAGGAAUGAAGCACUCCGAGUUGCAUUUAUACAUGUGGAAGAACAUACUCAAGCGAAUGGAAAGGUUUCAAAGGAAUUCUACUCAAAACUUGUAAAGGCUGAUGCACAUGGAAAAGAUCAGGUAUGCAAUUACUCCCUCCGUCCCGGAAUGGAUGCCAUACUCACUCUUUUGUAUUUCGGUGUUGACUUUCUAGUUUGGCCCUUCAUAGUCCCACUUUUGUUGCCCUUUCAUGGCUGGAUAUUGGCCAAUUCGGCAGCCAACCGAACAGAGCCUGCAAAUAAACUGCGACAAGGGCUAGGUCCGGUUCCACGCCAACAAGGCCACAACCUAGUUGAUUUGGCAGUCGCAAAACUGGCUGAAGUCCUCGGAGGAGAAUUGGGUCCCUUUGCUCAAAACCUCCUCCCAAUUCAAAACCAGAUUGCAGAAUGUCUUUUUGAACCGGGCCGUCUCGAGCAAGGCUGCAAGGUAGAUAGGCCCAAGUGCCUGCUCCUGGAGUUUUUUAACAGAGAGAUUUUAACUUUGUACGGCGGAACGGAACUGAGAUAGACUGUCAUGGGUUUUUCUCGCACCCGUUUUAAGGAGGUGAAUGGCUAGGGAUCGGGUCACGGCUGGAAUUGAGGACCGGGUUUCUGAGGCGGAG